AUGGCGACGUUAACAAGCCAGGACUCAACCGCUCAAGCGCGGGUUUAUUUCCAAACGCCUCCCGGUACCGAGGACACAGAAGUCGUCCAAAAGCAAGGACGGGUAACCGUGAAAUACGAUAGAAAAGAGCUGAGGAAGCGACUCAAUUUGGAGGAGUGGAUAAUUGAGCAGUUAACGGAUUUAUAUGACUGUGAGGUAGGCAAUGACACAUUCUAUGAUUCAUUGUGUACAACAGACUUUUCCCCAUGACAUAGAUUAUUACAAAAAAAAAUUCAAUCUUCAAUGAUCUCUACUUUGAUUGGGAUUUAUGUAGGCUAUAGAAUUGCAGUAAUAUUAAAACCUAGGGCAAUACAAUAAUUCAAUAAUAUAAACAAUAUUUAGUAGGAAUUACAGACAAAAUGUAGGGUGUGGCCACAUCAUUGAAAUACUGUACUAAACAAUUGAAGAAAUUAGGUGUCUGCUCAAUUAGUGAUGGACAGAAUGUGCUGUUCCAAUACAAAGUGUGCAGCAUUCAUUGAUAAGUAGGCCUUGGCACUGAGCACUAUGGCCACUGCACCUGCAAAGCAAUUACAGUACAGCCUCUACUCUGUAGGAUUAUGAUAUAUGACCACUUUAAUGUUACAACAUGGUAAUGCCAGAUUGUCUUCAACAAAGGAAAUAUCAUUGACUAUGGAUAGAUAUCCCACCCCAUCCCCUCUGCUGUUCCAUGGAAAUGAAGAGGCACAUACUGCAUGACAUGUUUGUGAUGUAUUCAGCCUGAGCAAGUAUGAUGUAAUCAGUUUCAUUAAUGACCCCUGGAAACAAUAGCUUUUUGUCAACACCCCUCAGAAGAGAUAUAGGUGUUUUGACACAGUUAACACAUGAACUGUUCACAUAAAAGGGUUGCAGCAGCACCUAUGCAUCAGAUAUGUUAUUUGAAACAAAGUGGUCAACAUUAUAGACUGAGUAUUAACAUGUAGCACCAGGACAUGACACAUUAUUGCUCUUGUAAUGACAUUGACCAUUACCUAUGUCAAAUGGUCCUCAAAGAGACCAUCUGGGUAAGUAAAGAGCUAAUUGGACUAAUAAUGAGCUUGGCAGGAGCAGAGGGUGGCAUAUUGUAAUUGAUCAGCAUUUGAUUUAGGAAAUAGACUCUGGGCCUCAGGCUUGUGCUAGAGUGUGGGGUCUUGAAACUACUCCUUGACCUCGUGAAUAGGCUCUUGGGCUGUAGAUUAUAGUUAUGUAAACAUCAAAACAAUGAACUGGAAACCAGAUUUUAUUUCUAUAGUGAUGGCUUCUCCUAAACAGUCAUGCUCAAUUGAGUAGACAGCAAGGCAGUGGUCAGGAAGUCAGUGCAUUGUUAUCAGUACACACCACAUAGUGGGUUCAGCCCAUCCUGUUGUGUUGAGAAGCAGAAGGGGUGGGGGAAGCCAGGGACAUUGGGGACCUGUGGAGGAUGUUCAGGGGGUGAUUAGUUUGAUCCUAAGCCUGUCUGAUCUAUUCACCUGUUUUUUUCCCUCCUCUCCCCCUCCCUGUUGACUUCUCCAUUUUCUCUGCUUUUCUGUCUAUCACCAUCACUCUCUCCCUCCCUCCCUAUGCCUCUCGCAGGAGGAGGAGAUUCCGGAGUUGGAGAUUGACGUGGAUGAGCUGUUGGAUAUGCCCACUGAUGGAGACCGGGCCUCCAGGGUCAAGGUGACCAUUAAACCCUAAUCAAUGUUGACUACACAUCCAUUAUUGUCCUUCUGUAUUGAGGGAUUGAAUCCUAACUUGAGGCUGAUCGCAAAUCUCCCAUUGAUAUCAUUACAUGAUUUACGCAGAAGUUACCCAUGUGGAUCUGAAGUUAGGAUCUGGCUUUGAAUUAGGUUAAUUUCCUCUUUCACUUCCUUUUGUUUCGCAGGGUUUGUUGGUUGACUGUUACAAACCUACAGAUGUAAGUUCAAAAUUCUAUCAGAUUAUUCUCUGCUACAGUUAAGCUUUUGUUUAAACCCAGCAUUGGGUCAACUGAUCCACUGAAACAAAGUAAUUACUGUCUGAAACCAACUUCCCAUACAUUGUUUUGACCAAGUUUCUAGAAAAACAUUGUAAUACAGUAACAUGCAUGAUAACAGUUGUUCAGUGUCUCACAAAACGUUCCAUUGUUCAUUUACUGCAGGACUUUGUCACGACUCUCCUAGAGAAGGUUAAAGGUCUGCAGAAACUCAGCACUCCGCCCAAAAAGAAUGAAAAAUCUCCUCCUUAG